AUGUCUGGUUUCCAUACGUGUUUCUACAUAUCAUUUCCUGAACCGUCGACUCCACCGAAAACUUCUACCCCCAUAACCGACUCGUGGCAAGUUAUUCACAUCGCCUACCUUCCAUCCACAUCGACGACCCGCCAACUCACCAUCCACUGGGCUAGCCCAUCAGAUAUGCGGCUUGGCUUCUUAGGGCUUGGGGUCAUGGGCACCCCAAUGGCCCGUAACCUCGCCAAGAAAUAUCCUGUCAUGGCCUGGAAUCGAAGUCCUGCCAAAUAUGCAUCAUUCAAGCAAACUGACGCGGUUUCAUUUGCAGAAACACCCGUCAAAGUUGUGCAAAGCUCAGACAUUAUCUUUGUAAUGCUCUUCAACGCCCCAGCAAUCCAGUCAAUCCUAACCACCGAUUUCAAACGGGCUCUUUCGGACAAAGUAUUAGUCAAUACUAGCUCAGUGUCGGUCGAAUUCAGCGAGUUUCUUGAUCAAGAGAUCCGAAAAGCUGGUGGACAAUUUGUGGAGAUGCCAGUCAGUGGCAGCAAGGUUCCUGCUGAAGAAGGUCACCUCGUUGGCAUGAUGGCUGGAGAUCCCGACCUCGCCAAGACUAUCAAACCUUACGUUGAACCCAUCACACGCUCUGCUGUUUACUGCGGUCCAAUCGGUUCCGGCUUGAAGACAAAGUACGCCAUCAACUCAUUACUGAUUGCUCUCACCGUUGGAUUGGCAGAGUCUAUGAACCUGGCCAAAGCCCAGGGCCUUGAUCUUGAAGCUUUCGGAAAAGUCGUGGCGGCGAGUCCUAUGGCGUCGGCAUAUUCCCAUAUUAAAGUCAGCAAGAUGCUAAGCCAGGACUGGUCUCCACAGGCUUCGCUGAAGGAUUGUUAUAAUAGCACGCAGCUCAUUCAGUCUGCUGCUAUUUCAGCGAACGUAAAAUCGCCACUGAUGGAUGUGUGUGGGAAUUUAUACGCCCAGGCGAUGGAAUCGGCUCUGGGAGAAGAAGAUAUGAUUGCAAUUGCUAAACAGAUCGGGGAUCGUGAAGGAUAG